AUGGCGGUCGCAAGAGAUCCGACCGCAUCCAGAGGGACCCGAAACAAGAAGUGCCGACAACGCAGGCGUCGGCAGGCGAGGACUGACGUCAACCCAGCCCUCCCUCCCCCGCAUCUAACUCCGAAACAGGGCCCACGUCUACCUCAAAAAUCCAAAUCCACAGUAACCGAGCAAGCUACUGCGUACGCAGUACCGAUAACGGAGGUCAUUCAGAUCCUUCAGGAGAUCUUAGCGGCCGUCCAGGAAGGCCGAGUCAAGGAGGUUGUCCCGACCAUCCUCAGAGCCCUGACAAGGCUUUUACGCACCCGAUGCCCGACCAUCAAGUUCCAGCUCAAUGCUCUGGCGGAGAGAGUCUCAGCGGUGUUGGAGGACCACGCUGUGGACUCUUGGUACAAGACCAUCGAGCGAGCUGGAGAAGACUGGAGGGGUAUCCACCGCAUAUGCCGCCAAGUAUCCAGGAAGUCAGAACCGAUCCGGCCCCUGCUAGCGAGUGACAGCACCCCACGUUACCGAACAGCGGACCGAGCCGAGAUCUUCGCUGACUACCUGGAGACCCACUUUUAG